UAAAUAGCUAAUUAACAUCACAAAAUAAUGCACAAAAGGCUAACCGAACGCAUGUUCAAUAGUAGACUAAAUAUAUAUUGACGUCAAACUCCGUAUACGUGAAGAUAAUCUCAUGCUUGGUUGACUAGCUAGCUACAUUAGGCGUAUUUAGCUUUCCUAGCACACCCGGGUCGCUAAUCAAUUGCUUUAUUAUGUAGCUAUUUUUCGAUCGAAAUGUUUUAAUGGGGGCAAUCUGCAGUUGCUACAUCCAUUUGUGGACCUAUAAAUGAAUGAAAUGUGCCCAUUGUUGCAUUGAUUCUUGAAUAAUUUAAAGGUGCAAUAUGUAGAUCGCUCCGCAAUUUCCUGUUGCUAAAAUUCUAUUAAUUUACUUAAUUUCAGUUUGUGACAAAACAAUCAGUCAUUGUGUAGAGAAUCAUUGUACCAUCUAAACCGCUGUGAAAGAUAUUUUCCAUAACAAAAAGUAACAUAUUGCAGCUUAAAUGCCUCAUGACCAUAGUUCAACUGUUCUACCCCAUCAGAACUCAAAAUAUAAGCAAGUUUUACUCCAAUGUUUGCAAACCAUGUAAAUGUUAACAAACACUAGAUGUAAAGCCUCAAAACAUGGUUAAAACUAUACAUUUGAUAUCAUAGAUGGUCAUUCUUUAUAUCCAUUGCUCUAUGGAUUUGAGAUUGGUUACAUUUCUCCAGCCCCAUCCCUCAGCUUUUUAACAAAACGGGCGGGGAUCGCUUUGUUUCAACUGCACUGUGAUAGCUCUGGUUCACAGUCUGAGAUUAAUGCCAUACAUUUGUUUGGAAAAUGUCCUCUCACAAGCCAGAAUGUUGAAUGACUUAACAGGUUAUCUGUAAGAAUAUGAGACAUUCACAGGAAAGUAUACUUCAAUGAACUUUAAGGCGCUGGUAGUGUGUUCAGAUUUCUAUCACCUGAAGCAUGCGCGGAACCAUGUAAACACAUGCACGAGCAUGCCUCUCUUGUGCACAUGCUUCAAGUGAUCGAAAUCUGAACACACUACCAGGGCUUUGAAAAGUUUAUGCAAUUAUACUUCCUGUCGAGAUAAUAGCUCACAUUCCUACCUGCAAAAGGACCAACCACAUGGACAACCGGUAAAGUGAGUAAAAAUAUAAUUUAAUCUGUUGUCACAGCCGGCCGUGACCGGGAGACCCAUGAGGCAGCGCACAAUUAUCCAAGCGACGUCCGGGUUAGGCCUUUGAGCUUUUCCUCUUUGUGGCGGGCCGGGUGGCUGUAAGCUGACUUCGGUCGCCAGUUGGAUGGUGUUUCUUGGAUAUCACGAAAAAGGGGGUAAAAACACUAAGGUUUACGUCGGUAACCUGGGCACUGGUGCAGGGAAAGGAGAGCUAGAGCGGGCGUUUGGGUAUUACGGACCCUUGAGAACAGUGUGGAUUGCUAGGAACCCCCCAGGGUUUGCCUUUGUGGAGUUUGAAGACACCCGUGAUGCAGAAGAUGCGGUCCGUGGCCUUGACGGCAAGUUAAUUUCUGGAUCUCGAGUUCGAGUUGAAUUAUCUACAGGGAUGCCGCGGCGAUCUCGGUACGAGCGUGCGCCCACCAACCGGCCCUUUGACUCCAACGACAAGUGCUAUGAGUGUGGUGAGCGGGGGCACUAUGCCUACGACUGCCACCGCUACAGUCGACGCAGGAGGAGCAGGUCCCGGUCUCUCUCCAGGUCCGGUGGGAGGAGGUACUCUCGCUCUCGCAGCCGGGACCGUGGCAGGAGAUCAAGAUCCUUCUCGCUACGCCGCUCUCGUUCUCCUAGAAGAUCGAGAGCCCUUACCCCCAAGAGAUCAAGAUCUCGGUCAAAGUCCAGAUCAAGGUCUAGGUCACUUUCCCGUGCAAAGACCAGGUCUGGUUCCCCCACGAGGAGGUAUGCAGAAGUAUUGAGUCUGACCCCAAUUUUCUUCCAUCCAUUCUCCUCUCUAAACGAGCUAUGGAACAGUUUGACAAUGCAUGAUAAGCAGCAAAACGAGACAAUGAAAAUGUUGUCGAUACAGUUUAAACGGUGUAGAUGCAUGAUGGUUCAUUAAGUCAGGCUACUUAAGCAUUACAAAUGAAAGGUAGACUCAGCAAUAAAUCAACAACAAUUACGUUCACAUCUUUCAGUUCAAUGUGUGAAAUAUGUAUUAAAAGGUUAUUUUGUAUUAUUUAAAUUCACCAAAAUAAUACAUUUGCAUGACUAACUUAUAUUAAAUGCAUGGUCCUUAAAUACUUUGCUUGCUACCAGUUGCCAUUGUCGAAGUCUUUUAAGAAUGAGCUCUAAAAUUAAAAUUAUAUUUUAAAUCCCAGCUGUUCAAAAUCUAAAGGUUCACCUCAAAAACGAAGGUGCGUUUUUCCUCCCAGCUGAGGUAAUGACUUUAAUUUGGGUUUAAUGCACAGCAAAUAAAUGAAGAGGGAAAACUCAUUUCUCUUUUUCUCUCUUUCAGCCACUCUACCUCGAGGAGUCCUUGUCGAGGUGACAGCUCGGAGAGAGACGACUGAACUUUGAAGUUUUUGUUUCUUUAUGUAAGCAUUUCCUGUGACUAAGUUAUUUGUUAACCCAUUGUAUUUGAAAAUAUGUAGCUUGUUAAUUUCCUCUUGAGGCAUAUUACUGACAUUUCAAAAAUAAGCAAUUGGGACCCAGUUUGGAAUGCGUUUGUGUUUGUUUUAGAAAUAGUUGUUGGUUAAUAAAGUAUAUUUGAUUUAAAACUGUUUGGUGGUGUGUUGUCCAUCUGGGCACAGUUGGUCUGUAUAUAGCACAACUCAAUGAAAUGGUUGAUAAAUAAAAGGUUUUUGAUUGAG